CCCUACACACACUCGCAUUUCUCAUUUCUUACUUCUAGUCUAAAUUAGAUAGCAAGGCGUAGGGUCGGAGCUCACAGAUCACGUAGAAUUAGUUUCCAGCAUUAGCGCUUAGUUCAACAGUCAAAUCCGAGAUUCAACAUGGAGUCCCCGCCAGAUCCAGCGAGCGAUCCGGGCAACAGCGCCUCGGAGCCGGCUACCCCGGUCAGGGAAACCCCGGUGAACCUGGAGCCGCUCCGGAAAGCGGACCAUCCAGCCCCGGUUCGGAGGCAGACCUGCUCCAGCACCAACAGAGGUAUCUCAGUAACAAAGAAGACACACACCUCUCAAAUCGAAAUAAUUCCCUGCAAGAUCUGUGGAGACAAAUCAUCAGGCAUCCAUUACGGAGUGAUAACAUGUGAAGGCUGCAAGGGCUUCUUCAGGAGGAGUCAGCAGAGCAAUGCAGCCUACUCCUGCCCCCGUCAGAAGAACUGCCUGAUCGACCGCACCAGCCGCAACCGCUGCCAGCACUGCCGGCUGCAGAAGUGCCUGGUGGUGGGCAUGUCACGGGAUGCGGUGAAGUUUGGCCGCAUGUCGAAGAAGCAGCGGGACAGCCUGUACGCUGAGGUCCAGAAGCACCGGCUGCAGCAGCAACAGCGUGAACACCAACAGCAGCCUGGCGAGGCGGAGCCACUCACACCUAGCUACGGCCUCUCAGCCAAUGGCCUCACGGAGCUCCAUGACGACCUCAGCGGCUACAUGGACGGUCACACCCCCGAUGGCAGCAAACCAGACUCUGCGGUCAGCAGCUUCUACCUGGACAUCCAGCCGUCCCCUGACCAGUCAGGCCUGGACAUCAACGGCAUCAAGCCGGAGCCCAUCUGCGACUUCGCCCCCGGCUCCGGCUUCUUCCCUUACUGCUCCUUCACCAACGGAGAAACAUCCCCCACCGUGUCCAUGGCUGAACUAGAGCACCUGGCCCAGAACAUCUCCAAGUCACACAUGGAGACAUGUCAGUACCUGAGGGAGGAGCUGCAGCAGAUGACCUGGCAGGCCUUCCUGCAGGAGGAGGUGGAGAGCUACCAGAGCAAGCCCCGGGAAGUCAUGUGGCAGCUGUGCGCUAUCAAAAUAACAGAGGCCAUUCAGUAUGUGGUGGAGUUCGCCAAGCGCAUCGACGGCUUCAUGGAGCUGUGUCAGAACGAUCAGAUAGUGCUGCUGAAAGCAGGCUCUUUGGAAGUCGUGUUUGUCAGAAUGUGCCGUGCCUUUGACUCGCAAAACAACACCGUCUAUUUCGAUGGAAAAUAUGCCGGACCUGAUGUGUUCAAGUCAUUAGGCUGUGACGACUUGAUCAGCUCCGUCUUCGAGUUUGGGAAAAACUUGUGUUCUAUGCACCUGUCUGAGGAUGAGAUCGCCCUGUUCUCCGCCUUUGUGUUGAUGUCUGCUGAUCGGUCCUGGCUCCAGGAGAAAGUAAAGGUGGAGAAACUCCAGCAGAAGAUCCAACUGGCCCUCCAACAUGUCCUGCAGAAGAACCACAGAGAGGACGGAAUUCUUACAAAGUUGAUAUGCAAAGUGUCGACACUGCGAGCGCUGUGCAGCAGGCAUACAGAGAAGCUCACAGCUUUCAAAGCAAUAUACCCAGACAUUGUGCGUGCCCACUUCCCCCCCUUAUACAAGGAGUUGUUCGGAUCAGACUUUGAGCAGUCCAUGCCCGUUGACGGGUAGCAGCCCUGCCAGGUGCCAGUGUGCCCACCGUAGGGGAAUGUGGAGGAGGAAUCUGAGACACUUUAUCGGUGCCCUGCACAAACCAGAGUGGACAGACGGCACGCUGUUCAACUUCUUCUUUUACAUUGGAGGGGAGGGCUUUUAGGGAGUUGAUUCUCAAGGUUUACUUUAUUGAAUUUAGUUCUCUGUGGAAGACUACAGUUGGACCCGACACCCCGUGGGACAUGAAGAGAAGAUGGGCACAAAUAAGUUUUGUCUGGUUGAAUUUGACCUUUUUAUGCACAUUUCUAACAUGGAACUCAAGACCCCUUCAUUUCCACCAAUAUUUAUUGCAUUACAAUGGUGAAUCUGACUUGUAAACAUAGAAACAAUUAAGGAGCCAGUAUUGACGCUAAAACAGCUGAAGACAUCUCAAACAGAGACGAAGGUUAACGAAUCAACAUCAGUAUUAUUUUUCAGAUCACACUCCCAAAACUGCUUCAGAAUUUGUUCUUUCUCUUUUCAUCCUUGAACACAUGCCUGACAAAUGCGCACACUUUGGUCAAGUUCAGCCAUGUUUCUCUGGCGUUGAUUGGUGUCUUUUUUUGAACGCAGUGCUUGGAAUGAAAACUCACAGCAACUUUAGGGGGAGGCUCCGUCGGCAUGGUGAUGCACUCGGCAACUCUCUACGGACAAUCGUUUAAAAAAGAAGAAAAAAAGAGAAACAUAGAAUUCUGGUAAUUCUAAUGAAACCACAAUGAUUUUAGCUGUCAAAGACUCCAUCCACCAUUGUUGCAUAGUGAAAUCAUGUAAGGCCAUCUGCUAUUAAUCCUUCUCUGGACAGGUGCCCAGGAGAAGCGAGGGGCACCAACACAAUGAAAAGGGUCCAUUCCACCUGUUUUAUAAUGUACUACAGGGUAUAUGGUCAUAAGUACUUACUAUACAGAAAAAAGUAAUGUUUAUAGAAUCUAUUUUAAAUAACAUGUAUGAUAUUAGUAGUUAGACCAUUCUUAAUUGUUGAAUUGAUAAGGCACUUUUAUUUACACCUUUCUUUAAUUUAAGACGUGUAUAUUUACCUAGUGAUGUGUUGCAUGUGCACAAGAAAUACAAGUUGAACCAUGGUCACAGAGGCUAGUCCUGGGAGCAACAGCUGAUUCUGGUGUGGAAUUGUUAGGGCUGCGUGUCGGGGGGGCUGGCGUGGCGGCUCGCGGGCCGGCAAAGAGGCGUGUGGGAGGAGGCGGCGUGGAGACACUCAAAUCACCGGCUCGCUCCGAGGUAGCGAGAGCAGUGGAGCUCUGUGACAUGCACACAUACGAUAACAGCCAACAAACCCGUUCUGUGUCACCAACACUUUGACUGAACGGCAUUUGUUUGAACCCUUGUAAAAUUCAAGAAAACAGAGCUCACUCUCAUAUUCACAUAUACUCCUCAUAUUUCAUUCGGUAGUUUAUGGUGAAAAAAUAUAAUUUACCUAGUGAAGAAAAUCUCAGUCACGUGUAACAAAUCAAUCUUGAAUAUGUGGCUGGACUGGGAUGAUCACGCAUUGAUGGUAAUCCAAUUGUUCCAUCUAGUGGAGGGGAAAGAUACAGCAUGCUAGUUACCAGCCUAUUGAGAAACACAUCUUCUAACCUAAAAGCACAUUUAUGAGUCUCUCUCAAAAUAUUUUGUGGGUUUUUUUAUCUUUAUUUUCGAGUGUCUCUAUCCGCCUCCUUGCCGCAGCCUCGGCCCGGCAACGCCACAACAGGACACAGAGGAAAACAGGGAAGGGAAAGUGAAUAUUCAAAGCCUUGUCUGGUAGUAAAGCUUCUAUUUUUGUAACAUGUUUUGGUUAACGAACCCACGAGAAAGAGCGAGGGAGAGAAAAAGAAGUCAGGUAGCACUUAACUAUAUUCCUGCAAUAAUUAGACUAGCUGUUGUUUGUACGAUUAGGGGAGAAACAUAAACAUGUUAGGACAAGUGCUAUUUUCAGAAUGCUUUGUUGUUGUGCUUCUGUUUCGUUGAGUGUGUCUUUCUUGUCAGUGUGGUUAGUAACGUAGUAGAAAAAAAAAAAAAAACCUGGAUGUGCCAAACAGUAGUCGUUGCUUCUGCUUUCCAGUCUACUUGUCUGUAACGUAGAAUUGAUUCCUAAGACAUUCCAGCAAUCUCAGUAGCGGCGUCGAGAAAUAUCGUUGAAAAAAGGAAAAACAGGAAAAGAAAAAGAAUUAAAAAAAGAAAAAAUUUAAAUAUUAUAUCCCUUUAGAAACCCAACAAAGCAUGUUAACACAUCCGUCACCAACCGUAACAUAGGAUCCAGUUCUUUGUCUUUUGUGUUCUUGUUUGCACACUAUCAUUCCUCUGCCGUGCAAUUUGUGCAAGGUGUUAAUGCCUUGUGCUGUCACCCCUCAGGGAAGAGUUUUCUUUUUUUUGUGCUUUGUGUUCGAGAGGACAUUUGUUUGUACUCAUUAGGUUUUGUUUAUGUUUUUGUUCAGGAACGUUCCAUGAGAGGAAACGUUUGAAUAUUCAUCACUGACUUGUUCAGGAUUUUACAUUAUUGAUCCUCUAACGGGGGCCUCCAGCCACUCACAAAAAAAAUAAACAACACAGCGCCAAGUAAAAAAAAUCCCAUCUCAUUUGUAUAAAAUAAAAGUACAAACCCCAUCAUUUUCACAAACCGUGGUUUUAUGAGUACACACAGCAUAUUUGUGACACACAAAAAAAAAUCUGAUUUGGUUUCAAACGGUGUCAUCAGGGUCUUUUAAAAAAAAUGUUAACCCUCUUUGUUAGAAAAACCAAAUAUUCUUAUGCAAUACUAAAUCUCUUGUGUUUUGGAUUGUAGUAGAUAUGCUGUACCUAAGUAAUAAUCUCUGUUCUCAUCCAAUGCUAUUUGGAUAUGCACAAGCCCUCUAUAUGACUAGCAAACCUCAGUCUCCCAGAGAAAAAAAAAAGAGAGAGAAACCCGGUCUGGAACCACUGCUAGACAAUCCAGGUUGAGCGGCCCGGCAGGAGCAACAGAGAGGAGGAGGAGGUGUGAAUGCUCAGGGAGGAAACAGGUAGACGAAGCAGCUCGCUUUCCUCUCGCCUGUUGCAGAGCAUCGUAAUUAGCUCUUUUGUGAAUUUGUGAGCACUCGACUGAUAGAGAGAGGAGGUCACGAACAAGCAGUACGACGCACACUGUUCCGAAAACAACCGCGAGACGGACAUUCGGCUGAUUUCCUGUUAUUUAUUCGCAUAAAGAAAAUGUGCUUUUCUUGAAAGUUGUUCGAUUCCGUACGAGGUUCCUUUCUCAUGAGGUGAAACAUUUGUUUUAAUUCAGGUUUAAAAAGCUGAGCGACUUGUACUAUGUUCUACAAUAGAAAACACACAAUAUGCCUUGUGUUGCAAUUACGGGUCUCUACAGUGCAGUCAUCAUCCUUUUUUGAAUUGACCUUUAUUCACACGGCUGACGCAAACUAAAAAGUAAUAAAACCCCAUUACUCUGUUUCCAUCGUCUUAUGUACUGAUACGGCUGCGGUAGUGGCGGGAAAUGGUCGUCAAACACAUGAACACUUGUGUCCAAGUAUAAACUGCACCUUCGCACAGGCCUGUAAAGUGAUGUCCUUCUGUAUAUUCUCACUUGAGAGAUCCCGCUCUAAGCAAGGGGGUCGAUGCUAAGUGUGCUAUUCAAUCAGUGUAUAGUAUACAGUCAAAUGUGCUGGUCCUUCUGUCUCUGCUCUGUUGUCUUUGUACAAAGCAAUAGUAUGUUUGUGUGAGUGUGUGUGUGUGUGGGUGUGUGUGUGUGUAAGUAUUUGUGUAUAAAAUAAACCCCAGACAAGGCUUUAAUAAUUACAGAGGAACAGGGUUAUGUGGAUGAGGAGGUCUUGAUUUUAUUUUAUUUUUUAAAUAAAGGUUUUGGAAAAUGCUGAGCUUGAUCCAUCCAUGAUAGGUGUAGGUGAUAUUUAAAAAAAAAGCAUGACAUAAUGCCUUCAACAAUUCAUAGGUCUGCAGUUUGCUGUGAAUUAACACGGCCCCCAAAAACAGGCUCCUCCCUCCGGCUGUGCGGCCACAGCCUGAGCUGAUUUCUGGACUGUAAAUUGUUAAAAUGAGUCGCAGUGACCAUAAAUUGUGAAGAUGAGUGUUAUGUCACGCUUUGAGUUGUGCAGGAGUCUCGGUGUGCACAGUCGUCACAUUUUUAACAGAACUCAUUUCUCUAAAGCACAGCUGAUAAGGAUUAAUGAUUAAAAAUACGUUUAAGAAUAUAGUUUUAAAAAGAAAAAAAGCAACUUCUAGCCAUAAUCGAAUGUCAAGCAAUAAUAUAUGUCUGUGUAUUAUUUUUGAUUCUUUUGUGCAUAAUAGUCUUUGAACAUCUGCAUGUAAAUACACCUCUUAUUUAUCACUUUAUUUUUUGGGUUUUUGUUUUAUUUUUGUUGUUGACUUUGUGGAUGUUUUUACGUUUCAUCUGUAUAUUUGACCAGUUCUGUUCCCAGGUGGAGAACUAAGAACUUGACAUGGCCUGUAUGCUGUAUCUCUUACUUUCUCACUUUCUCUCUCCCUCAUUCUCCGCUGUUUCUUCACCAUAUUUAAUGUUAUUACUGAUUACGUGUAUAAAGGUAGCUCUGUAACUUCUGUCUGUAUAGGUAAGAGGAAAAUACUGCUACUAAGGCCUACCCAGUGAAACUAUUUAUCUGUUUAUCAAUUCCACCAUAAUGUAUGAUAACUCUGUUUCUAGUUUGCUCCCCUCCUUUAGGAUUAGUUUGAUAGGGACAGGGUGUGCUGACCUUUAUUUUGUGUUGCCCUGAUGUGUGGUGCUAGGUAAGUUAAUUUUGUGAACAAAGUAUUGAUUCCUAAGCCUGGCUGCCCAAUUAGCCCAUUCAUUUCAUGGCAUAUUAAUGUAUUAUUGAUAUUAGGACUCAAAUAAAGAAUAAGAGUAAUUAAAAUGAUAAUAAUACAUUUACCCAGCCAGUACCUGUAUCAGUGUGCUAGUCCUGGGGUAAGGCACUUAUUUCCUUCUGACGUAUAGCAAAACUAGUAUCCGCUAAUUAACAAGCUGUUUAAGGUUGCCUCUCUGGUUUGUGGAAAAUAUUGAUGAUGAUAUUCAAACAGAAACGGCACUAUUGUGUUUUCUCCCCCUUACUUUCUUGUUAAAACCACUCACUAAGACUGUAGUUUGUCAGGUUUUAAGAUAUUAAAUAUUUACCUCUCUUGUAUCUGCACAGCUCUUCACCUGAUGCAGGGAAGUGGUGCUCGGAUUUCAUUUAACAGAGUCUCGGUAUGCUUAUGUUAAUCCCCCCCCUUGUUAGAUUAUCCCUGAAACAGUGGUUCCUUCAAACCAGUGGCAGAAACGGUCUUGCACCACGUGAAGUGUUUAUGAAAUGUACAUGAGAGAAUCGCCAUUUGAGGACAAAGUCUCUGCACUCUGUAGCAAAUAUCAGUAAGAAUAUACUUGCAAUAAUACACAGCGUAUCACACUGAGUGCCUCUCGGUGUAACAAGAUGCAUACAUGGGUUUGAUUGUCUCCUCUUUUUUUGUGGUUUUUCCAAAACGUGUAAUGAUGUGACAAUGUAUUUUGUACAUGAGGAUGAAUUCUCACUCUCACUUCAAAUGUAUUUUUUUCCUGAUUCUUCCUUUUGUGUGGAUCGUGGGGUGAAGCCUGACAUGGAAGGGUUUAAAUGUACAGUCGGUCUGUACAUGUCAUCCCUCACCUAGUCUGAGAAACACAAAUGGGAAAUUUCAUUUUAUGGUCAAAUAAAUGCUCGCAAAUAA